AUGGAAUCCCUCUCCGACACAACCACCAACCCCCUACCACCACCCCGCGCACACACCCCUCCACCAGCAUACACACCCUCGCCUUCACAUCAACAUCAACAACAACGCUGCUACCACACCCGCCCGGGUUCCACCCAACCAUCCGCCUACGUUCCACGCGGCCACCCACGCAGCAGCACCACCUCCUUAAUUCACCACCAACACCACCGGGUAUCAGCCGCCGCCGCCGCCAACGAAAAAGAAGUUCUCUUCUACAAGCCCGCCGGCCACGACGCGGAACCCGCGCCUGCGUAUUCGGAAGGAGAGGACGACUACUACGACUACGACGACGACGACGACGGGGAAGGAGCGAGGGAGAGGAGGGGACGAGGGGAGGAAGGAGGUGUUGCGUGCUAUUCGCCGUCGCAGCAUCAGCACCGCAGGACGUCGAAGUUGGAGGCGAGGAUACGCGCGUUGGAGGCGCAGUUGGCGGCGCGGGGUGGGAAGUGA